GGAACAAUCUUUGUUCCUUAGCUUCGACGGAUUAAAACGGUAUAUUGUAGCACACUAAUAACAUUGUAGUGACCGAAUGGUCGGGUGGUUUGCGAUUUUACUAGCAAGGGGUUCAUAUCAGUAUGUUUAUUGCAUAAAACAUCCGGGCUGACGUUGAUAACAACUUGUAUUUUUGGAGACGUCGCUGCUGGUAUUUCAUAACCACUUUCAGUAUAUGAGCGGCUGUCGGUUCAUCUUUGUUAGAUAUUAGCUAGCUGUCCAACGUAACUUGUAAAGCUUUUUUUGUUUGUUUGUUUGAAUUAUUUAUUGCAUAUAACUAUCCAGAUAACCCUAAUGGGUGUCAAUAAGACGUAUAUCAGUAUAGGCUAUGCCACUUUUGGCAUGAUAGUAGGGUUUUCGGCUUUUCUUGUGUGGAACAUUGCAUAUAAACAACCAUGGACGGCGGCUAUGGGCGGUUUGUCAGGUGUGCUGGCGCUCUGGGCUCUCAUCACCCAUGUCAUGUACCUGCAGGACUACUGGCGCACCUGGCUGAAGGGCCUGAAGUUCUUCCUCUUCAUCAGCGUCGUCUUCUCCCUGCUGGCCGUGGUGGCCUUCGCCACCUUCCUCUCCCUCGCCAUUACGAACAAGCAGAGCCUCACUGACCCCAGGAGCUACUACCUGUCUGGCGUUUGGAGCUUCCUGAGCCUGAAGUGGGCCUUCCUGCUGGGCCUCUACUCCCACCGCUACCGCCAGGAGUUCGCCGACAUCAGCAUCCUCAGCGACUUCUGAGCGCGCCCCCGUGGUCCGGGGCGGUUUCCGAGCAACCACGGGCGGGAGGCGUGGACCGAGAGGGGGGGCUAGGAGGGGACGGUGAAGGGAUGACGGUAGGAUGGGGCGAGGGGGAGGGGGCGUGGUCUCCCGUCCUCCUCCCCAGCUCCACCCUGACCCCACCCUCAUUCUGUCCAACGCCGGGGUCUGGAGUGAGACACAGCCCUGCUCUUCCUGCCUGCUCUGUCUA